UUGUCCAGAUCGCUCCUUCUCUCCUUUACAUUCCUGGGUUUGGGACUGCUACUUUCGUCUCUUCGUGUAGCAAUGGCUCAGAGCUGCAGCUCGUUCAAGCCCCUGUUUUCGGCUUCUCAAGACCUCCCACCUACAUACUGAUGUCUUCUCCCUCGCUGUCUCCUAGAACCCUCGACGUCCUACCUCUCUCUCCAGUUGACGGCGCGGUAGCUCCAGAUUCGAUGUGUUCGUAUCCUCCUGGGUCUCUGUCUGACUGUGCCAGCCAAGCCCUGUCUCCCCCCUCUGCCUCCCCCCUCUCCCCCAGGACAGAGGAGUACAUUCACCAAGCCAAGGCUCACCUGAGGGGAAUGUGCCAGGAGAUGGAGGCGGGCCUUAGCCUGGCGUUCCACUAUGUUGACGUGCGAUUGGUCCAGAGGCAGAUCCUGAUUGACUCAGGGAAGAGCACCAGCAAGUGCCUGGAGAAAGAUUUGGUCGUUAUCGGAGACACGGAGAGGAGGCGGGGCUCGUUGGCCAGGAGUCAGGUGUUUGAGAGCUCCCCCGGGGCGAAACCCAAACGUUCCAUCGUGUUGCUAGGCAACGCCGGCAUGGGCAAAAGCACGCUCAUCAAGAAGCUCUGCGUUGAUUGGUCCGACGGCCUCCUGCCUCAGUUUGACUUUGUGUUCUUACUGGACGGUAAGGCUCUGACCCUCCCCCCUGAGCCGACCCAUAGCCUACGGUCCCUCCUCCUACACCUCUCCUGCCCCCACCCACGGGAUGUCUUCAAUCAGGUCCUCUCUGUCCCGGAGCGUGUGCUGGUGAUAUUCGAUGGCUUCGAGGUGGUGCGUGACUUGGAGGGGCUGCUUCAGUCUCCAGCGGAUGACAGUAAAGGGGAGAACUACAGUGUUAGACAGCUGUUCUCAGGUCUGCUCCAGAGGAAGCUCCUACCAGGCUGCUCUCUGCUCCUCUCUGCCCGACCACGAGGCACUGUCAGUGGGCUGCUGAGACGGGCUGACAGCCUUCUGGAACUCUCUGGCUUCUCCCCUCCGGACAUCGAGAGAUACCUGGGACAAUACUUCUCUGGACAGUCCCUAGAGUCCCCAAUCUCAGUCCCAGCCUCAGACUCAAUCCCAGUCCCAACCUCAGUCCUAGCACCAGUCCCAGACUCAGUCCUAGCCUCAGCCCCAGUCUCAGUCCCAGUCCCAGUCUCAGUCCCAGUCCCAGUCCCAGCCUCAGUCCCAGUCUCAGUCCCAGUCCCAGUCCCAACCUCAGUCCCAGUCCCAACCUCAGCCUCAGUCUCAGCCUCAGCCUCAGUCCCAGUCCCAGUCCCAACCUCAGCCUCAAUCCCAGUCCUAGCCCCAGUCCCAGUCCCAGCCUCAGUCCCAGUCCCAGUCCCAGUCCCAGUCCCAGUCCUAGCCCCAGUCCCAGUCCUAGCCCUCACCAGGCUCCACAGCCAGCCGUACCUUCUGUCUGUGUGUUGGAACCCAGCUCUGUGUCACAUGGUCUGUCUGCUUCUAGAACACUGGGAUGUUUCGGAGCCACUCCCCUCCACGCUGACUGGACUGUGUUACAGGGUGUUGCUACUAAAGAUGAGACGACACACCCGGAAACACACACGCUGUCAAACCCUACCCCAAACUCAAACCCAGGCACACACUCACACCCUGAAACACAGUCAAAACCACGUCCUGAAACACACACGCAACUGGACACGAACACACAUCCGCACUCGCUCUCACACUCAAUCCCAAAAUCAAUUAGAAGAUGAGAAGAGGAGGAUAGAGACGAGAGAGGAGGAAGAGAGGGAGGAGAGAGAGAAAGGGAGAGAGGAGAAGAGGGAGGAGGAAGAGAGAGAGAGGGAGAGAGAGAGGGAGGAGGGAGAGAAAGAGAGAGAGGAGAAGAGGGAGGAGGAAGAGAGAGAGGGGGAGGAGGGAGAGGAAGAGAGAGAGGAAGAGAACAGGUGUGUUCUGUCAGAGUUGAGCGGUCUGGCUUGGCAGGGGGUUAAAGGUCAUUCAUCUCUCCUGACCCUGACUCUGGACAAUACCGUCUAUGUCAAGCUGCGGUUGUUUGGCCUGAGGACUGGACUGGUCCAUUCUCACUGGCUGAGGGGGGAGCAGGGCAGAGAUGGUGACGGUGGCGGCGUGAGUUCCGACAACAUCCUGUCCUGGGCCCACCCUUUCCUGCAAAGCUUCCUGGGUGGGGCCCACCUGUCCGUCUCCAGCUGUGUGUCUGACCGCAAUCUGCUGGCCCAGAUACUACCACAGCCCAGGGGAAGGCGACGGCCUCAGGGAGAGUGUCUGGACCUUGCUCAGAGAUUCGCUGUCGGGCUGCUUUUCCGGAACAAUGCGGAACUCCGGGAUCUGGCCACCCUGGAUACCGGCGCCAUGAAAGUGGUGGCGGCCAAGCGAGCCGCUGUGAUAUCACACCUGGAGAACCUUCACCAUGGCGACCUGAGCCCCGCUCGGCUCCUGGAAGCGUGUCACUGCGUUUACGAGACAGGCGACAUCCGCUUGGUCAGGCACCUGGUACGGAACCUUCCCGAGGUUCUGUCGUUCCAAGGGGUUCCGCUGUGCCCCGCCGACGCCUUCGUAGUGUGGAACCUUUUGGACCAGUGUAGAACGCUGAGGAGGAGGUUCUGUCUGGGGCUGGAGGACACAGGACUGAGGAUGACAGGAUUAAAACUACUGACGGGUCUCAACAACAUACACUCAUACAGGGCGUGUAUCGCUGACACCAUCACUCUGUGGGAGGAGCUAGAGCAGAGUGGGGAGGAGGAGCUUCUGAAAGCGGUUGUGUCCAAGUUGACCCUUAACCCUUUCAGAGCCACACAGGUGUCCCACGUCCAACACCUGUCCACACUGGUCCACCUACACACAAGCAGGAGACUGUCUGAGAGCCAAUCAGAUGGUGUCCUGGGGGAGGGUUGGGGGCCAGUGAAUGGUCCUCUGGCGCUCCCUAAACUCUUGGAGCUGCUGCCAGCCCUGCACAGUCUACAUCACCUGGAUCUGGAGAACAGUAAACUGGGGGACAGUGGGGCUGAGGGGCUGGCUGGAGCUGUGCUGUCUCUCUCCUCUCUGCAGAUUAUCAAUCUGUCCCAGAACUGUAUAGGAGACCAGGGAAUAAGGAGUCUGGCUCCUGCUCUGUCUACCCUCCCCUCACUGCACUGUCUCAGUCUGUACAGUAAUGUGAUAUCUGACGGGGGUGCUGAGAGUCUGGCUGCUGUUUUACCUCAGAUGACAUCACUCAGUGACCUGGACGUCAAGUACAACAGUUUCACGGCCCUGGGAGCUCAGAGUCUGGCUUCCAGUCUGAGGGACUGUCCAUGGAUCAAGAGUCUGGGGAUGUGGAAUGUGUGUAUUCCCUACGGAGUGUUAGAGAGACUGCAACAACAGGACCCACGGAUACAACUGCUCUAGAACAUUGUUCUAAUGUUGUUCUAACAGAACCCCAGAGGAUACAGCUGCUCUAGAACAUUGUUCUGUUGUUCUAACAGAACCCCAGAGGUUACAACUGCUCACUGUACUGUGUUCCUGGACACCACUGUCCUGUGUUCCUGGACACCACUGUUCUGUACUGUGUUCCU